UUUGUAAACGUACAUACAAACAUACCUUUUUAAUAUUCACAUAAAUACAUUAACUGUAAUGCAUUUAAGGCACAUUUGCCAAUCGCGCUUAGGCAAGAAGUGUCGUUCGUGUGGCAGACGAAGCAAAAUUUUAGCGUUAUUUUGCUGUUUAAUUUGCGCAUGCGCCGUGUUGUUGAUUUACAUGUGGCAACAAAAUUCGAAGAGAGAAAUAUUUAAUCCUUAUGAACCACGCAUAUUGCUUUGGUGGACAGACACCAACGAGCCUUUAUUUUAUCGCAACAUUUAUUGUGGUUACUAUACGUGCACGAUAACCAACGAUCGCUUGCGGUUAAAAGAAGCAAAAGUCAUUUUAUUCGAUGGCAUUUCGUUUGAUGUGCUUGAUAUGCCGCUACCACGUUAUGCCUUUCAAUUGUGGGCGCUACUGUAUGAUCGAUCACCAGCGAAUAGGACGAUCUUAUUUUUCAGCGAAUUGUUGCGUUAUUUCAAUUAUACUUCCACAUUUAGUCGUUACAGUGACUUUCCGUUAACGCUGCAUACACUCUCCAAUGUAGCGGAUUUGGUUAAUCCGUUAUUUUUGCGUAGGUCUGAGGAUAAAUCUGAAAUUUCGGUGUUAUUUAUGGAAAAUAAUUGUAAUACAAUGUCCAGUCGUGAGAAUUAUGUACGCGAAUUAAUGAGCUAUGUGCCGGUGUACUCGUGUGGAUCGUGUUUACGUAAUCGGGAUGCGACGCGGUUUAGGCAUGAGAUCGAUGUGGUACGCUUUAUGUCAAUCUAUAGAUUCACUCUUGUACUCGAGGAUGUCACCUGUAGCGAUUAUAUAUCAAGUAGAUAUUGGCAGGCGUUAACCGCGGGCUCCAUACCCAUAUACUACGGUUCACCAACAAUACGGGAUUGGCAGCCCCAUAAUCGCUCAGCGCUCUAUAUAUCCGAUUUUCAUAGUGUCAAGGACUUGGCCGAUUUAAUCGAGCAGCUGAGCGAGAACGAGACAGCAUAUAAUGAAUAUUUAAGGCACAAACUGAAUUCCAAGGUGCCAAUAACAAAUCAACGUCUGUUAGAUGCCUUGGUAUGGCAACGUGAUUUGGAUAUAUCCGGCAUUCGGCUACAAUUCGAAAAGCAGCUUUGCAUGGCCAUAAAUAGUGAUGGCAAACCAAAAUCGAAAGUUGCGAAUUCUACCCACUUCGAUUGUCCGUUAAAACAACCGCAACCAGCGACUUUGAAAAAUUCCACGGAAAAUGAAAUUUACUGGAAACACAGAUUUUCCCUGGAUAGGUGUGCAGCGCGGAUUUUGGAUCAACUUUGGCAAAGGAAUGUGCCAUACACAGAGGCAAAAUUUGAGUACCAGUUAGCCCAGUUGGCUGGUUGGGGGGCUUGCCAGUCAUAUUUUCGGAAAUAAAUGGUAAUAAAAUGAACUCAUACGACUGAUUAAAAAAACAUAUGCACUCAGGAGUACAUUCCAUUUAUAAUUCAUUGUCAACGGACGAAUUUUUCGACAAGUGUUCGUGUAAUUUUUUGGUCAGUAGCAGUUUUGCUGGCCAACGCCGCACAGAUGAUUGCAAUCAUUGCUGCACGGGCGGACAUGUGUCUUCACUCAGUCGUACAUAUUUAUCGCACUGACGCGAUCAGCCAAGUGAACAGGCAAUUAAGCGUGCAAGAAAAUAAUAACGAAAAGAUAUGCACUUAAAGUCAGGUGCGUAAAGUGGAAAACUGAAUUUGCAGCGGAGAAAAAUGAUAUAAUUAAGAAAAAAAAAACAAUAAAUAAAUAACAAAAGUCAUUUAAAUUAUUGAGCGCGCAAGCACAAUGGCAUUUACAAAAGAAUCACGUGAGACCAGUUUGCUUUAAGCCAGCAAGCAAUUGGAUGAAAAGCGAAGCUUAACUGAGAAAACCAAAGGGGGAGAGUGAUUCUUCAAAGUAAAUGAGAAGGGAAAAAAUAUGGCUUAGUAUAGCCAGCUCAAUGAGGCGAAUAUGGGUUGUUUA